AUGGAUGACGCAUAUGUUAAAACUAUCGAAGAAGUAGUAAAACACUUCAAUGUCGACACAGAUAAAGGGUUAACCCAAGAACAGGUGGUCGAGGCCCAAAAGCAAUACGGGAAAAAUGGCAUGUAUUGUGAGCUGUGUGAAGCUCUUGAAAAUUUGUAUACACUUUUAAUUCUUUUCCCUGAUCCACACUUUACGCAACUGCCACCAGAGGAGUCUACACCACUUUUGGAAUUGAUAUUAGAACAGUUUAAAGAUCAACUUGUUAUUAUACUUUUGUUUGCCGCAGCGGUGUCCUUUGUUCUCGCGCUAUUGGAAGAACCUGAUGAGAAGGGCACUGCAUUCGUGGAGCCUAUUGUGAUUUUACUGAUAUUGAUUGCUAAUGCAACUGUCGGUGUAGUGCAAGAGACAAACGCAGAAAAAGCCAUUGAAGCUUUAAAAGAAUAUUCCCCUGAUGAGGCUAAAGUCCUUCGAGAUGGUCACUUGUCAAAAAUUCAUGCUUCCGACCUUGUUCCUGGUGAUAUUAUCGAUGUGUCAGUUGGUGAUCAAAUACCCGCUGAUUCUCGUCUAAUUAACAUCAUAUCGUCGACUUUCCGAGUCGACCAGGCAAUUUUGACCGGUGAAAGUGUUAGUGUGAAUAAAGACACGGCAAUAAUUUCAGACAAAAGAGCUGUAAAACAAGAUCAAAUAAAUAUUUUGUUUUCGGGAACAUCUGUGGUUAUUGGCAAAGCUCGAGCGAUAGUAGUCAAAACAGGCACUGGUACUGCAAUUGGUGAUAUUCACAAGAGCAUAUCAGCUCAAAUAUCUGAACGUACUCCUUUGAAACGGAAAUUAGACGAUUUUGGUGAUUUAUUAGCCAAGGUUCGUGCAAUAUAUUACUUCAAAAUUGCUGUCGCACUUGCCGUUGCCGCUAUACCCGAAGGUCUCGCCGUUGUUAUAACAACAUGUUUGGCAUUGGGCACCAAAAAAAUGGCAAAGAAAAACGCUAUCGUUCGAUCAUUACCUUCUGUUGAAACUUUGGGUUGCACGAGUGUAAUUUGCUCUGAUAAGACUGGCACUCUGACAACAAAUCAAAUGAGCGUGUCACGGGUACUUGUUGUUGCGUCAGAGUUAGCGAAAUUUGAAGAGUUUCAUGUUGAAGGGUCUAGUUAUGCUCCCGUCGGUAAUAUUUUAAAUUCGGAUAGUGGUAAAAUUAUUGAAAAUUUACCAUCUAAAAAUCAUUCCAUUAAUGAACUGGCACAAGUCUGUGCAUUAUGUAAUGAUUCUCACAUAGCAUAUGACGAGAGUAAUGAUAUUUAUCGUAAUGUUGGUGAACCAACUGAAGCCGCUCUUAAAGUUCUCGUCGAGAAAAUUGGGUCGAAUGACGAAUCCUUUAACUUAAAAUUAAGUCAUAAAUCUCCCAAGGAACGUGUCAUGGCUGUUAACACAUAUUACGGAAACAAGUUAAAGCGAUUGGCAACUCUAGAAUUCUCUCGCGAUCGGAAAUCAAUGUCUGUCAUCGUAAUUGAGGCAGGAAAUUCAUCUGGGAAAUUGCUUGUCAAAGGAGCUCCCGAAUCAAUACUAGAUAGGUGUACUUCGGUUCGUAUAUCUUCUACAACCGAAAGUUCACGGACAAUCAUCACACCAACGAUUCGUGAAAAAUUGAACGAAAAAAUAUUUGAAUAUGGUCGGAAUGGGUUGCGUGUUCUUGCGAUUGCUGUGGUAGAUUCUGUAAGUGCUCGCUUAGAAGAUUGGAAUUUGAAUGAACCCACCAACUUUGUAGAUUUCGAACAAAAAAUGACUUUUAUUGGUCUUGUGGGAAUGUUGGAUCCUCCGCGUCCUGAAGUAUCCGAAGCUAUAAGAAAAUGCAAAACUGCCGGGAUUCGUGUCAUUGUAAUUACUGGUGAUAAUAAGGAUACAGCGGAAUCAAUAUGUCGAAAAAUCGGUAUCUUUGGAGAACACGAAGAUUUAACAGGGAAAUCCUUUACCGGACGAGAGUUUGAUGGGUUAUCUGCUGAAAAAAAAGCAGUGGUAGUGCGUACUGCAAAUUUGUUCUCGAGAACAGAACCGUCACAUAAGAGUGAACUUGUCGAUCUACUUCAAGGCCAAGGAGAAAUCGUUGCAAUGACUGGUGAUGGUGUAAAUGAUGCACCCGCCUUAAAAAAAGCCGAUAUUGGCGUGGCUAUGGGAUCGGGUACAGAUGUGGCCAAGUUAGCGGCUGAUAUGAUUCUAGCUGAUGACAAUUUUGCUACAAUAGAAAGUGCGGUUGAAGAAGGCCGUUCUAUAUAUAAUAAUACAAAACAAUUCAUUCGAUACUUGAUUAGUUCCAAUAUAGGAGAAGUUGUUAGUAUUUUCCUUACCGUACUUCUUGGCAUGCCAGAAGCGCUUAUCCCAGUUCAGUUACUAUGGGUUAACCUAGUCACUGAUGGGCUUCCAGCCACUGCACUAGGUUUUAAUCCACCAGAUCACGAAAUUAUGCGUCAGCCACCCAGAAAUAGUCGAGAACCUAUUGUUGGCAAAUGGCUGUUUUUUAGAUACAUGAUUGUUGGUACUUAUGUCGGCGCAGCUACUGUAUUCGCUUACGCAUGGUGGUUCAUGUUUUAUCAAGACGGACCACAAAUUAGUUAUUACCAACUGACAAGUUUCCAUAAUUGCGACGAACUAUUCCCGGAAAUCGGUUGUGAAAUGUUUAUUAAUGAUAUGUCGAGACGCGCUACAACAAUGUCACUUACAGUUCUAGUAACUAUCGAGAUGUUGAAUGCCAUGAACUCACUCAGUGAAAAUGAAAGUCUGCUCACUUUACCACUCUGGGAAAACUUUUAUCUUGUGUUUGCCAUUGCGUUGUCAAUGGUUCUUCACUUUAUGGUGCUCUAUGUGCCAUUCUUUUCGAAUCUGUUUGCUAUUCUUCCACUUAAUUGGAUCGAAUGGAAAGCUGUCCUGUGGAUAUCUGGUCCAGUCAUCGUAAUUGAUGAAUUGAUGAAGUUUUUCAGUCGUAAAUUAAUAGCACCACCAGCAAAAAUCAAAAAAGAAUAA